AUCACUGCAGUAGUUAUGCGUGAGCUGUGUCGCUGUGUUAUGAAAGUGCGAAGGGAGGGCCUUGGUUCGAGUGCUGAAACGAAAGAAAAAUGGAGAUCGAGUUAUUUUCCUACUGAAAAACCAGGAAGUAUUUCGACUGUGUAAUAAUGGUAGAACUUUUUCGGACGGAGAGACAUCAGAGUCAGCUGUGAGGCUGACAGGCCUUUUGUCCGCGGAGAUCUUUGGAGUCUAUUCGACGCACAAACUGUUUCGGUGUCGCUUAGAAGUGGAUUCACGCUUCCGACAUUACGUAUCGACACCAGAAGGGUCCCAUGGUUUGGGUGUGGUGUGCUCUCUGCCAUGCCUCCCGCCAUGACGGAUCAGCUGGAUGUGUGGGCGGACCCAGCACUGGAUGGAAACGAUCAGGUGCCUGUGGAUUUCCUGUUGCCCACUGGAAUCUACAUUCAGAUGGAUGUUCCCAGAGAGAGCACCAUCCAUCAAAUCAAACAGAUGCUAUGGAAGCAGGCACAGGUGUAUCCUCUUUUCUUCUUGCUUGGGGAGAUGGAUGGUCACAUAUUCGAAUGUGUGAACCAAGCCGCGGUUCAUGAGGAGUUGGAGGAUGAGAGCAGACGUUUGUGUGAUGUUCGUCCAUUUUUGCCUGUUCUCAGGCUCAUUACUCGUAACUGUGGCCGUGCUGAACGCCUGCUUGACUCCAAGAUCGGAGUGCUUAUUGGAAAAGGACUCCAUGAACUGGAUGCUUUGCAGGACCAGGAAGUGAAAGAUUUUCGUUGCAAAAUGCAACGAAUUAGUGAAGAGAAAAUGCAGUCCGUGCAGAUGAUGACUUGGGUACAAUGGCUUCAGAGCUGCUUCUCUCCCCAGAUAGAGGCAGGGCCACUUGAUGGGUUAUGUGAUAAGAAUGAGGGCUGGAUCAAGAUCACUAUGCACUGCAACCAGUCACAGGACACAACAAGCCUUAAAGUGUCUUUGAGUUGUACUGUACUCGAGCUUAUGAAGCAAGCUCUCAGAAAAUGGCUGACUACUCAUGGCUUGGGAGAAGAAGACGACCGUGUUGGCAACUAUGUCCUAAGAGUCAGUGACAAGCUGGAGUUCUUGUCUGGAGAACACCCACUUUUCUAUUACAGAUAUAUCAGAUCAUGCUUCCUGUCACAGGAGAGUCCACAUUUGACAUUAGUGCAUAGUGAUACAGUGAAGGCCAUGUUUGAACAUGAGAUCAGCACUAUUGGAUCUGUACUCGCACGGAAGUCAUCAAAUCCUCCUUUACCCCUGCCCCCUAAGAGGAGAGGACCAUCUCAGUUGCAUACAUGCAUUUGGGAAGUUCAGUCCCUUUUUAAAAUCACUUUAGUGAAGGGCAUUAAGGUCAAUGCAGAAGAGACAGCAAAGGUGCAAGUUCGUGCAGGCCUUUUCCAUGGCACAGAGCUCCUGUGUAAGCCAGCUGUUAGUAAUGAGAGCAGUGGUCGCUCUGAGCACAUCUGGAACAAAACUCUUGAAUUUGAUAUUUCUGUUUGUGACCUUCCACGCAUGGCUCGCCUCUGUUUUGCCAUCUAUGCUGUCAUGGACAAAGUAAAAAAGCAAAAAUCCACCAAAAACAUGCAAAUGAACAAAUAUCAGACUAUUCGAAAAGCAGGAAAAGUGCAUUACCCAAUAGCAUGGGUGAACAUGAUGGUGUUUGACUACAGAGGACAGCUAAAGACUGGUGAUAUCAUCUUGCAUACCUGGUCCUCCUUUCCUGAUGAACUGGAGGAGAUGUUGAAUCCUAUUGGAACGAUUCAGACAAAUCCAUACACUGAGAAUGCCACAGCACUGCAUAUUCAUUUACCAGAAUUUUCGGCACACCCACUCACAUUUCCCCCAUUUGACAAGAUCCUGGAGAAAGCUGCUGAUAUUGCUGGGUCCACUGACUCGAUGUCAAUGGGGCGAGGAGGGAAGAAGUUCUACAUCGAGUUGAAAGAAAUCAUGGAAAGGGAUCCACUGUCACAACUGUGUGAAAAUGAGAAGGAUCUGAUAUGGACUCUGCGCUGUGACUGCCGAGAGAACUUUCCACAGUCCCUCCCUAAACUACUACUGUCUGUCAAAUGGAAUAAACAUGAAGACAUGGCGCAGUUGCAGGCAUUGUUGCAGAUUUGGCCUAAAAUAUGUCCUCGAGAUGCUUUAGAGCUACUGGAUUUUAACUACCCGGAUCAAUAUGUCCGAGAGUAUGCAGUCAGUUGUCUGCAAGAUAUGAAUGAUGAAGAACUGUUGCAGUAUUUGCUGCAGCUAGUGCAGGUGUUGCGCUAUGAACCAUAUUAUGACUGUGCCCUCACACAGUAUUUGCUGCAGCGUGCUCAAGCCAAUCGUAAAAUUGGACAUUUCCUCUUCUGGCAUCUUAGGUCAGAGAUGCACAUGCCAGCAGUAUCUGUGCAAUAUGCCCUGAUAUUAGAGGCAUACUGUAGAGGGAGCAUCACCCACAUUGAAGUGCUUAAAAAACAGGUGGAGGCGCUCGGUAAGCUAAAAGCUGUGAGUGAGUUGAUCAAACUGGGCACAGUAAAGGCAAAGAAUAAAACUAAGGAGGCUCAGCUGAAGGAGGCCAUGAUGAAGUGCCUUAGACAGACUGGCUUCACUGAGAUUCUGUCAGACCUUCACUCACCACUGAACCCCCAAAUAUUGCUUGCUGAUGUCAAUGUGGAGAAGUGCAGGUACAUGGACUCCAAAAUGAAGCCUCUCUGGAUUGUUUACCAUAACAAGCUGCUGGUAGGAGACACGCUGGGACUCAUCUUCAAGAAUGGAGAUGAUCUUCGACAGGACAUGCUGACUCUGCAGAUCCUAAGGUUAAUGGAUUUGCUGUGGAAGGAAGCAAACUUGGACCUCAGAAUUGUGCCUUAUGGUUGCCUGGCAACAGGAGAUCGCACAGGGCUAAUCGAAGUUGUAUCCUCUGCUGAAACCAUUGCUAACAUCCAAAAAAAUAGCAGCAACAUGGCAGCUGCUGCAGCCUUCAACAAAGAUGCUCUGCUCAGCUGGCUAAAGGACAAAAAUCCUGGUGAGGCUCUGGAGAAAGCCAUUGAGGAGUUCACACUGUCUUGUGCUGGUUAUUGUGUCGCCACCUAUGUUCUGGGCAUUGGAGAUCGUCAUAGUGACAACAUCAUGGUCCGAAGCACAGGGCAGCUCUUCCAUAUAGACUUUGGUCAUAUCUUGGGAAACUUCAAAUCAAAGUUUGGAAUCAAGCGAGAGCGUGUUCCAUUCAUUCUCACACAUGACUUCAUUCAUGUCAUUCAGGAGGGCAAAACUGGUAACACUGAGAAAUUUGGCAGUUUUAGGCAGUACUGUGAGGAUGCUUAUCUGAUUCUGAGGAAGAAUGGAAAUCUGUUCAUCACACUCUUUGCCCUGAUGCUUACUUCUGGGUUACCAGAACUCACUUCUGUCAAGGACAUUCAGUACUUAAAGGACUCUCUCGCAUUGGGUAAGACCGAUGAAGAGGCACUGAAACAGUUCCGGCAGAAGUUUGAUGAAGCUCUUCGAGAGAGCUGGACCACCAAAGUAAACUGGAUGGCUCACAAUGUGGCACAUCCCUCCUAACACCCUUGUGCCAACAAGGAUCCAAGUUUAGGAGAAAGCUUGAACACAUGGUUGGAACCAGUCUACACUGUCUGUAUUUAAAAAAAAAAAAAAAAAACGUUGUGGUGACCGUUAAACGGUUAAAUACAACUUACUCAAUGCAGUUAGCAUAAAAAGCUGCUGAUCCUAAGGACUUUCAUGACUUUGAAAGAGAAAUAUGACUUUUGAGAUUUAAAAGGAUGUGGAUGAUUAACAAAGGGAACAACGGAGAAGAUGAUGGUCUUUUCAUGUCAACAUGAAAAAAUCUUCCACAUUGCAAAAAAAAAAAAAAUCCCACUGUAAGAAGCACACUGACAGGAACAAUGUGAAGCAUCACCAUUUGUUUUUUGAUUUACUGCUGAGUAGAUUUUUUUUUUAAUUGUCAUGCCAUCAUCUUGCAGCUGAAAUAAUUGUUUGUAAUCUACAAAUGCAGUGACGAUGUCCUGGGACCAUGGAAUAGAAAUAAGAACUGGUGCAUGGAGUAGAACUGAACUUGUUUUUUUUUCAUGGAACUGGAAACAGAAAUGAUGACUCUGAAGGCCUGUAGAGCGAACUUGAGUGAAAUUGAAGAAAAGUUAUAAAUUAUUCUUGUCAUUCCACCUUAAAGCCAGAAAUGACUUACAAAACAGUACUUCUUGUUGCCUGUCAGUUAAAACAGAGAUAAGAGACUAUAAGAAAUAAGUUUUUACCUUCCACCAGUUGUUGUUAUCUCAAAUUCAUUGUGUUCACUGUUAUACAAAGUUGAAAAAAUCAGAAGCAUAACCCACGCAUUGUUCAUUCACAAAAUGAGGGGUUAUUAACAUUAUUGUGAUGGCCAUUACUUAACUGAAACAAGCAAAUAUGACAAAAUGUAGCUUCCCCAAAUAGUUUCAUUCAUGUUGUUCAUAUUGCCAAAAGGAUUGUUUUUAAAGCAUUUACUGCUACAUACCAUUUUAAAAUUCACUAUUACCCAAUAUAUUAAUGAGAUCAGAAUGCUGGAGCAAGAAUCAGAUAAUGGUAUUUUAGUUUAGAGAGAUAUUUCAGGGAUUGCAACUUUUGGUAGGGCUCCACUGCCUUUAAAAGAGAUACACAGACUCACCAAAUGCCAAAUGGGAUGUACAGAACUGUGCCUUGUACAAUGGAAACAUCCUACUGUUCGUGCGAGACUACUUCAAGCAAGCGGUAUCUAAACACUGGAAUUUAUUUGACCUUAAUUAUUUAAGGAUUGUUACAUGUUUUAUAUUUAUUUUCUUAUUCUGAAAUGUUUAGACUACUACUAAUAAACUGUAUCUGAGACUUGUGAGUUUACUCACACAAGAAUUCAGUUAGCAAAUAGUUUCAGAGCUAAGAAAUAAUCAGUUCUGUCUUUUUCAUCUAAUGAAGCUCAAUAGGUUCAUUAGUAACUUUAUAACUUUACUAUAGCAGAAACAUUGUAACAGUGCACUAUCACAGGCCAUUGGUGAUCUCAGAUAUGUUUUAUGUGAAUAAGGGGCAGUUGAUUACAAUCAUGGUUGUAUGAAAAUUCCUAUAAAGCUUAAACACCAUUUCAGUGAGCAUCUGUGCCCAUAGAACAUUUUAUUUGUUUUUAAUGCAAAAUUAUAUUUCCAUUGAAGGACAGUGGUUUAAGAUUAUGCUCAUGUAUGUUUUCAAACAUACUUUUCAUCCAAACGGUGUGACACCUAACUGAAACAGUGCAUUUUGUUUUUACUGUAGCAAAGAAAUUAUGUGAAAACAGCCUUAAACACAGAUAUCUAUACAUACCAGUGGAUGUUUUAUAUUGUUAACCUGCUGUGUAUUUCUAAUGCUGCUUAAAUUAUCCUGAGAGAAGCAAAGUUUAAAACACAGAGAAACAAAUUUAAUUACCUAUGGCAUCUUGUAUACUCUGCCUGAGAGGAUAUUGGUGCAAUAUGAUGAAUCUUGUUUUGUGCAAAUUUGGUUUAAUGUGUGUGCACUACUGCUGCUGUAUGGUAUUAUACUAGCCUUCAAUUUUCUCACACACUGAAGUGGUUUCUCUGUCUGAUUCUCUGAUUUGUUCUUACUGAUAUGUUUGUCAUAGGAAUGCUAUUAAAGUUUUGGUAUAGCAUUCAUUUACUUUUGUGAUGGCAGAGUCCUUUCAUUUCCAAAACCAAGAUUAUUCGUAUAAAUCUGCAUGUAUAAAUCUGCAUGCUUUUUAUAUGGUACUAAUGUAGCAUUCUUUCAGACUGUCUUGACUUUUUUUUUUGUUGCAAGAAAUACAGGAUACAUUUUUGUUAAAAUAUAAACAGCCAGCAAGCAUCAAUAUUGCACUGUUACUAGAUAUACAAUGUGUUUUAUGCAAGUAUGAAGUAUGUUCAGUGGGAAAGCUAGGGGGCUGGAGUUCAGGUUUGAACCCCUUGAAAUAUUUUUCAGUUCCAUAUGCUUAUUUAUGGACGGUUCUAUAUGAUACAUACAGUGCAGCUUAUCUGUACAUUUUAUGAACAUCAUUAUAGCACAAUUACAAUACAAAAAUGUUAGUUUUAAAUAAAAUUUUUGCACAGUA